CGCGUUUCUCUACCAGCCUUAAACGCGAUCCCUUUGUAUUAAUUGCUAUGGCGAGAGGUCGCGGCUUUGGUCUCUCCUCUGCGCGAGGCGGAAAUCGUGGCGCUUUUCGCGCUUCAAGCUAUCGAGGAGGUUCUUGGAGAGGCAGGGGACGAGGAAAAGGCAAAGGAAAGCCAGAAGACGCUCCGAAACGCGAAGAUGACGGCACACAACUGGCGGAGAGAUUCGAGGCGGUCAAAGUUAGUGAUGAGAUUGAUGAAAAACUCGGAUUCGGAUUGGUACAAGAAGGCGUAGUCAAAGAAGGCUGGUUGGUGAACAUGCAUCCGACUCUUGUCAAAGACGCGGAUUGGCCAUCUGGGAAGGCAGCUGUGGACUAUUACUUUAUUCAAGACGAUGGACAAAUGUUCAAGUGCACGUAUCAGUAUGAGCCUUAUUUUUAUAUUGCUUGCAAGAGCGGUAUGGAAAAUUCAGUCGAAGAAUGGCUGAAGAAAAAGUAUGAAGGCCUCAUCUGUCGCAUUGUUCGCGAUCGUAAAGAAGAUCUUAAACUUCCCAACCAUCUCAUGGGCCACCGUCGCCUCUAUCUUCAGCUCUGCUUUCGGAACGUUUCAGACUUGCUCAAUGUCCGUCGUGAACUUCUCCCCUUGGCUCUUGCCAACGGCGCCAAACGCGACGCUGUAGACGCGUAUGCAGAGGUCGUCAACGCGACUUCCACGGGUCUUGCUAACAUGGAUAUCGCGUUCGAAGAAGAAGGAUGGGGUAACGCUGGCUUUUCCAGGAAUGCGACAUUUCGUGAAGACGCCCGAGAGGCUAUCAUUGAUAUUCGUGAAUACGACGUUCCUUAUUAUCUACGAGUGGCCAUCGACAAUGACAUUCGUGUCGGGCUCUGGUAUGCAGUAAGCUUUACUGCUGGUCAGCCCGAUUUCCGUCACAUUGCUGAGCGUGUAAAACGUGCGGACCCAGUGGUUAUGGCCUACGAUAUCGAAACCACCAAGGCUCCGCUCAAAUUUCCUGACCAAGCGACAGAUCAAGUCAUGAUGAUUUCAUAUAUGGUAGAUGGUCAGGGAUAUCUCAUCACCAACCGGGAGAUCGUUAGCGAGGACAUCGAAGAUUUUGAGUAUACUCCAAUGGAAGGUUAUGAGGGUCCUUUCAUAAUAUUCAAUGAACCAAAUGAAGCUGAGACCAUCAGACGCUUCUUUUCCCAUAUUCAAGACGUCAAACCCACCGUGAUAGCCACUUUCAACGGCGAUUUCUUUGAUUUUCCGUUCCUAGACGCGCGCGCAAAAGUCAACGGAAUAGACCUAUACCUUGAAACCGGUUUCGCAAAGGACUCUGACGAUGAAUACAAAUCGAGAACUUGUGUACAUAUGGAUUGCUUCCGUUGGGUGAAGCGUGAUUCCUACCUACCUCAGGGGAGUCAGGGCUUGAAGGCUGUAACUGCCUCAAAGUUGGGCUACAACCCUAUAGAAUUAGAUCCUGAACUCAUGACUCCUUACGCGCUAGAACAACCUCAGACACUAGCGCAGUACUCUGUGUCAGAUGCAGUCGCAACUUACUAUCUGUAUAUGAAAUACGUGCACCCUUUCAUCUUCUCUCUUUGUAACAUCAUUCCGCUGAACCCCGACGAAGUUUUGAGGAAAGGAAGUGGCACUCUUUGCGAAACUUUGUUGAUGGUUGAAGCGUAUCGAGGUCACAUCAUAAUGCCGAACAGGCACGAGGAGGAGCAUGGAAACUUCUACGAUGGACACCUCUUGGCAUCGGAGACGUAUGUCGGCGGUCAUGUAGAAGCUCUUGAAGCAGGAGUUUUCCGUAGUGAUAUCCCCACAGACUUUAAAAUCACGCCUUCUGCUGUUCAAGAGCUAAUCAACGACCUUGAUGCCGCCCUGACGUUUUGCAUCGUGGAGGAGUCUAAAUGUUCAAUAGAAAAAGUCACCAACUAUGAAGAAGUCAAAGCUGCCAUCCAAUCUGCCCUCGAAGCCAUGCGCGAUAAUCCAAAGCGUAUCGACAAUCCCUUGAUCUACCACUUGGAUGUGGCUGCCAUGUAUCCCAACAUCAUGUUGUCUAAUCGUCUCCAGCCCGAUUCAAUGGUUGACGAAUCUAUUUGCGCCGUCUGCGACUACAAUCGACCGGGAAAAACUUGCGACCGCAGAUUGGAAUGGGCAUGGCGAGGAGAAUUCUUUCCAUCCCACCGUGACGAGUAUAAUAUGAUCCGACAUGCGCUCAACCAAGAGAUUUUCCCUUCCAAACGUCCGAAUGGUCCUCAACGCCGAUACGCCGAUCUUUCGCCUGCUGAGCAGACUGCGUUAUUGCAUAAACGAUUGGGCGAUUAUUCGCGAAAGGUUUACAAAAAAACCAAGGACACGAAGGUGGAAAACCGGGAGUCUAUCGUCUGCCAACGGGAAAACCCGUUCUAUGUCGACACUGUAAGGAGGUUCCGAGAUCGACGAUACGAGUAUAAAGGUCUGCAUAAAACGUGGAAGAAAAACCUCGAUACCGUUAUCAAUGAAGGGCGCUCCCUUGCAGAGGUCGAUGAGGCAAAAAAGAUGAUCGUGUUGUAUGACUCCCUUCAACUGGCACACAAGUGCAUUCUGAAUUCCUUUUACGGAUACGUAAUGCGGAAGGGUGCUCGCUGGCACUCGAUGGAGAUGGCUGGAAUUACUUGUUUAACUGGUGCUACCAUUAUUCAGAUGGCUCGAGCGCUGGUGGAGCAGAUUGGGCGACCACUAGAACUAGAUACCGAUGGUAUUUGGUGUAUGCUCCCAGGAGUCUUCCCCGAAAACUUCAAGUUCAAGUUAGACAAUGGUAAAUCAAUUGGAUUCUCUUAUCCUUGUACAAUGCUCAAUCACCUCGUCCACGCCAAAUUCACCAACCAUCAAUAUCACGAUCUUGAUCUCGAGACUGGGGAAUACAAAAUCCACAGCGAAAACUCUAUCUUCUUCGAGCUGGAUGGACCUUACAAGGCAAUGAUCUUACCCUCUUCGAAGGAAGAAGAUAAGCUUUUGAAGAAGCGUUACGCCGUGUUCAACGAUGAUGGUUCUUUGGCUGAACUCAAAGGGUUUGAAGUGAAGCGUCGUGGUGAACUACAGCUGAUAAAACAUUUCCAGUCUCAGAUCUUUGAGAAAUUCCUUCUUGGGUCGACCACGGAGGAAUGUUACAAAGCUGUUGCGCAGGUUGCAGACCAGUGGCUGGAUGUCCUGUUCAGCAAGGCGGCAGCACUUACAGACGAGGAGUUGGUGGAGCUUAUUGCUGAGAAUCGUAGCAUGUCGAAAACUCUGGCGGAGUAUGGCGGUCAAAAAUCUACUUCUAUCAGUACUGCCAGACGUUUGGCGGAAUUCUUAGGUGACCAGAUGGUCAAGGACAAAGGGCUGGCUUGCAAGUUCAUCAUAUCUGCCAAACCGAUUGGUGCCCCUGUCACAGAUCGUGCCGUUCCAGUUGCUAUUUUCUCUGCAGAGGAAAGCAUCAAGCGGGUGUACCUCCGCAAAUGGCUCAAGGAUAGCAGUCUCAUCGAUUUUGACCUUCGUUCCAUUCUUGAUUGGAACUACUACAUUGAGCGACUGGGCUCUGUGAUUCAGAAAUUAAUCACUAUCCCCGCUGCGAUGCAGAAGGUUUCCAACCCCGUGCCUCGAAUUCAUCACCCAGACUGGCUACAUCGUCGAGUCGCAGGAACCAUUGAUAAAAUGAAGCAGAACAAGCUGACAGACUUCUUCAGACUAGCCACCGAUGUAGAAGCCCAGGAAGAAGAGUCGCAACUGAUGGACAUUGAGGACUGGGGUGGUGAAGGUCCAUCUACUCAAAUACUUCUCGCUCCGUCCGAGCCUCACAUCGUCCGGCAAGACAUCCCUGAGCCAGGCGUUGCCGAAGAAGACAAAGCGCUUCCUGAUCCCAUGAUUAGUUAUUCUGCCUGGUUGAAAGCGAUGCGACCUCGCUGGAAACGUAGGCGCCAAGUACCAGACCCUAGAUCUGUCGUAGUACCUUCUAUGUUCAGCAAUGUGAAGGUGCGCGCCGACCGAAGAUGGGACAUUGUGCAAAUUCGACCUACAGGGACCUUGGGUAGAUACAUGCUGUGGCUAUCGGUCGACUCAGAACUUAUCCCGCUGCCUCUGCGCAUAGCGCGACAAUUCUAUGUGCACCUCCGCACCCCGAAAGAGGAGAUAUUUCGUACGGACUUCUAUUCCUAUGAGAAGGUUUCACGCAAUUUGCCUCGAGACCUUCCUUGCAUUAAUCUGUACAAAAUCACCGUUCGAGAGGACCUUUAUCGGGAGAUCAGCGAACACUUCAUAGAUCUUACUAACGAUCCGAACGUUGAUGGAGUUUUUGAACUGCAAGUUCCAUUAGUAGUGCGCGCUUUACUAAAACUCGGUCGUAUUUGUAAGUCUACGGACAGCAGCAUGACUUUGAAUCGCGCGGAAGCUAUCGGGUUUGACUUACAUCAACUCGAAGCACCUUCUGUAUCUGGAAACUCUAAACACAAAUACCUGAGGAGUGGCAAAAAUCAAAAGUACAUAUUUAUCUACCACGCCUGUUCUGCGAAUGCCCCUCUUCACGUCUUCGCCGUUUUUUUCCCUUCUGGACUGGUCAAACUUCAUAUUGUUGAUCCUGCUACUCGAAGGCAGGCCAUCCCUCGUUUACGAGAGGGCUACACAGAGAUCAAGAAAAAGCGCGACGAGCAUUUCGGCAGCAGUUCGUUCGUAUACCCUGACACGAGAGAUUUCACCACCACCUACCAUUCAACUGAUAUAACGGCUCUCAAAGCCAUUUCUCGGGAGCUAGGUGUUGCCGAAGACCAAAAUUAUAUCAUUGUCUUAUCGUCUAGUAAAGACAACUCUUAUUUUGAAAUGAAUGUCCCAAAACUUGCCAGGUUCCCUGUGCUCUCUAUGGCAAAAGCAAAAUCCGCUCACACUUUGGACGUUUUCCCUUGGCAGUCUCACGUCGUGGGAAAAAUGUUGAACCGUUAUCUUGCCAUGGGAGGCUGGUUAGAUAGGUCGAUGGCACUAUCGGAAUACUAUGACAUACCUCUUGGGCAUAUCGAAGGCGACCAGCCUCUCCAACUGUCGGAUAUUACUUUUGCUCGUCGGCUGGUUCAACAAGACAUGGUGUUGUGGUGGUCUUCGAGCGAACUUCCUGAUCUUGGAGGAAUGGAAACUGACAAACGGCCGACGGAUGACCUUCCGAAGACAGAGUUCACCAUGCCAGGAGCUUACUCUCAUGUCUGUCUCGAGAUCGCGGUGCGGAAUUUGGCGAUCAACUCUGUCGUGCAUUCUCUAGUAAUCAAUGAACUUGAGGGCAGUGGCGGUUCCACUGCAUUCGAUUCUGUUUCACGCACCUUGGACGAGUACGCUCAAGGAGACGGACAGAAAGACAUCUCGCUGGGCGAAUCCAAUGUUCCUGUUCAGACCUUCAGUAUCCUAAAAGCUAUGGUGAAGGCAUGGCUGACAGAUCGACUACAAGGUGAACUCGAAGGGGUGGAAUGCCCUUCCGUCCUCACCGUAGACCAUUUUUGGCGCUGGAUUAGCUCAAGUGCGUCAAAUAUGUACGAUCCUAGCCUCCAUCGCUUUGUGCACGGUCUUAUGCGGAAAACAUUCGUGCAACUGCUGGCCGAGUUCAAACGACUAGGGUCCCAUGUUAUUUAUGCUGAUUUUAGCAAAAUCCUGUUAGCGACCUCAAAGCCUCCGGGUACUGCCCACGCAUAUGCCACAUAUAUCAAUACCGCUGUUACUUCGCAUGAACUCUUUCAGCAUAUAUACCUCCGUAACGAUUGCUUCUAUGAUUAUCUUCUGUUCAUGGACCAGGCCAAUUGGGGUGGGAUUGUAUGUGAGAAUCCUCUGGCACUAGAACCACCCGAAGAGUUGUCAAUUAUGAUGAAAUUGAACAUCGCCGAAUUCCUUCCGCAACCAGCCCAAAAAGAAAUUACAUCCAUAAUACAGUACUUCGUUGUCUCCCUCUUCAAAAUUUGUCAAAAGACAAAUGAAACGGCCCGCGUGCCUCUUCGGCCUCUUCAAAAUGGCGAUCCACCAGGUGCGACGCAGCAUGAUUUUCAGAUGAAGGAUGAGGUAGAGAAUGUUCGACAGUUCAUUGCUGGGAAGCUUACACGGCGGAUGCUCAGAACUGUCGGAAACAUUCAAGAACAGUAUCGGGAAGCAAUGAUGAAUGAAGAAACUGCAGUAGAAUGGCAAUUUCCCGUUCUUCCUGGAUCACAUCUACAUAUGUCAAACCCCCCGCUCGAAUUUAUCAAAUUUGCUUGUGCGAUAUUCCAGUUGGCAAAGGAAUAUCACGUUGAAAUAGGCUUGGUCAAACGGAACGCUCUCGACCUGAUCGGUGUUAAAGAGUUUGCAUCUGAAGCUAUUUUCCGAAACCCUUGCGAGCCACUCAAAUUGUUCAAUGUCCCUUGCAAGCACUGUGAUGCGCUCAAAGAUUUUGACUUCUGUCGGGAUCCCGAGCUACUACCCGCUCAGGGCGAGACUGGCCCUCCAAAGUGGGUAUGUUUCAAUUGCAAAGGCGAAUAUGAUCGGACUUUGAUUGAGUUCUCACUCAUUCGUGUGGUGUGGGCCAUGGAACGGAAUUUCGCAGGACAAGACCUGAAGUGUAGCAAGUGCAAACAGAUUCAAGGGGACUAUGUCAGCCGGUGGUGUCAUUGCUCCGGAAGCUAUCAGUUGACAAUCGGAAAGGCGGAGGUGAAGAGAAAAUUGAAGACUGUAGUCAAUGUAGCAAUUGUUCAUAACAUGAACAGAUUGAAGGAAUGUGCACAAAUGAUGCUCAGUAACUGGCUUUGAGUAUUGCGCAAGGACUUACAUAGACCAGUAAGUAUCUGUACACAUGUAAUGAAUUAUCUAUAGUUGUGGAGAUAGACACCUGCAGAUGUUGAGCAUAGCGUCGGUCUUAGGCUGGUUACCCGGGACAUUGUCAUGAUGAAGGCAAGGGUACAAGUAUAAUUGUAUACUUACAAAACCGUUUCAGAUAAUCUUUUCUAUUGUGGAAGCUGAUCGCUCAGCUUGCUGUCGGUGGAAACGCG